AUGGCCUCCCCCCGCUGUCUCGCAUCGCCUUCCUUUGCUUCGCCGCAAAUCGCCCCCGCUGUCAAGCCCCCACUCAUGGCCUCGCUGCGCCUCCCCACGCUGCCUCCUCACGCCACCGUGAACACGCGCACCGCGCCUCACACCGCUGCACCGCGUCCCCUUUCCCCUUCCCGCCUCCUCAUUUCCCCUUCCCGCCUCCCCAUUUCCCCUUUCCGCCUCCCCAUUUCCCCUUCCUGCCUCCCCAUUUUCCCUUCCUGCCUCCCCAUUUCCCCUUCCCUCCUCCCCGUUUCCCCUUCCUGCCUCCCCAUUUCCCCUUCCUGCCUCCCCAUUUCCCCUUCCCGCCUCCCCAUUUCCCCUUCCCGCCUCCCCAUUUCCCCUUCCCGCCUCCCCAUUUCCCCUUCCUGCCUCCCCAUUUCCCCUUCCUGCCUCCCCAUUUCCCCUUCCUGCCUCCCCAUUUCCCCUUUUUGCCUCCCCAUUUCCCCUUCCUGCCUCCCCAUUUCCCCUUCCUGCCUCCCCAUUUCCCCUUCCUGCCUCCCCAUUUCCCCUUCCUGCCUCCCCAUUUCCCCUUCCCGCCUCCCCAUUUCCCCUUCCCGCCUCCCCAUUUCCCCUUCCUGCCUCCCCAUUUCCCCUUCCUGCCUCCCCGUUUCCCCUUCCCGCCUCCCCGUGUUCCCUUCCCGCCUCCCCAUUUUCCCUUCCUGCCUCCCCAUUUCCCCUUCUUGCCUCCCCAUUUCCCCUUCCUGCCUCCCCAUUUCCCCUUCCUGCCUCCCCAUUUCCCCUUCCCGCCUCCCCAUUUCCCCUUCGUGCCUCCCCGUUUCCCCUUCCCGCCUCCCCAUUUUCCCUUCCUGCCUCCCCAUUUCCCCUUCCCGCCUCCCCAUUUCCCCUUCCCGCCUCCCCAUUUUCACUUCAAGCCUCCCCCAUAUCCCCUCCUUGCAUCCUAAUUUCCCCCCUCCUGCCUCCCUUCCUCCGCGGCCUUCCCCUCCCCUUACCACCCGUACCCUACCCUCCCCUCCCAAUCCUCCCUUUCAAUCCCAUUGCUUCCUCAUCCAUCCUCUACCCACCCCUUGCCCCCUCUUCCUCCCUAUUCCCUAUUGGUCCCUCCCCGUCCCCCCGUUUCGUGGCCUUAUAUCCAGCGCCACUUUGCCGCGAGGAGUGCGGGUGAGAGCAGGAGGGGGGCCCGGCGUAUUUGAGGCGCACACGUUUGGAGUCUUGCCUCCCUGCACGAGCCCAGAGCUCCCCCUCCAUUACCAAACGGGUGAAUGGGCCGCCAAAUCUGACAAGGCAGCCGAAAACGGUUGUGUUACGCUCGCUGCCCCUCCCUGCCUCUUCUUGUCCCUUUAUGCCCUUUCCCGUUCCUCCCUGUCGUUCGAUACCCCCCUCCAACUACCAUCCCCCAUCCUCCAUCCUCCAUCCUCCAUCCCCUAUCCUCUAUCCCCCAUCCCCCAUCCUCCAUCCCCCAUCCCACAUCUGCCUUGCCCCAUCCGCCUUCCCUCAUCCCCCAUCCGCCUUCCCCAAUCCCCCAUCCGCCUUCCCUCAUCCCCCAUCCGCCUUCCCCCAUCCCCCAUCCGCCUUCCCUCAUCCCCCAUCCCCCAUCCGCCUUCCCCCACCCCCCUUCCCAAUCCCCCCCAUUCUCUUGCAGUGACAGUCGGGUGUAGUGCAGCAAGGUGCAGGACCCUCCUUAAUUUUUCCUCCCCGCUCCCCCAUUCCCGUUUUCCACUCUUUUCUCCUUUCCCAGUGACGGUCAUGCCAGGCGCCGGCCCUCAUGCAACCCUCAUGCAACGAGCUACAAUGCAAGCCUUAUUCCCCCUCCCUGCUCCCUGCUCUCCCAGUGACGACCGUGCCAGGCACCGGCCUUCAUGCAACGAGCUACAGUGCAGCAGGGUGCAGGUGGUGCCGUGGAGGGGAGGCGAGGGGCGCACGGCAAUGGAAAAGGGCGAAAGGGACAGGAGGGCUUAA